ACCUUUUACUGAUACUAGUUGCUAUUUUCAUAGUGAUGAUGUCCACUUUCUCCACUUAAAGUCAUAUUACUUGUUUUAUAUUUUACUGAACAUGAGUGCCAGGGUUCAGUAAAGUUAAUAUACCUUCCUUUGAAAUAAUGAACAGAUGUUUGUUAAGCCUCUUUAUAUGUACACUAUAUUUAUAACUGGAGCAACAGCAGCUAUCUGAGGUAUUCAGUCUGAGAAAUAUGUCAACAAAAAGAGAAAAGUCUGGAUUAUUUCAUUAACUUUUCUCUGCAACUAUUGAGCACUAUACUAUACUAUAAAUUAAAGUGCCAGAUUGAACGCUGGUCAUUUGUAUGCUUACCCUAAACGAAUCAGAAUCAGAAAGACUUUAUUUAUUCCCAAGGGGCAAUUAAGAUACAACAGAGCAGCAUGAUGUUGAAGAUAAGGACAGGGCAUAAACAGGCAAUCAGAGUGAGAUAAUAAAUAAACACAGAAACUGAAAACCUUUAAAAAAAAAAAAAAUCAAACACAAUACCCACAGUGAGUGAAAGCUGAAAGAUUUACAGAUUUAGUUGUAAUAAAAGAAUAUAGUGGUGGCCACUAGUAAUUAUACCGUAUUCAUAUUAAAAAUAGCCUGCUCUAGCUGAUGAGAUAGUUUUGUCCUGCUUCACUUGGUUUUGUCUUCUGUAUUUUGGAUUUAUGGGAAACCCCUCAUCCUGUAAGAAAAUGAAACUGAAAGCAAACUAACCCUAAAACUCUCAUCCUGCGACACAGCAGGUCAUUUGAGGACGAGUGUUGCCGAAAUAUGGCAGCGAUCACAGCAACAACAAUGCGCAAAGUCGUUGCUUUUACUUUAUCAGUUUCUGUCGACCUUUUGUUGUUUUACGCGUCAGGAUUUGCGGUGUUUCACAGCGUCUUUGGACACUUCACGCGUGUCUGGCUCUCUGCGGCUCUCCGCUGGUUGGCACUUAUCGGCGUCUCUCUGCUCACACUCGGGGUUCCCAAAGCGCUGCUGAUUCGGUUUAUAACGGCGCACAGUCUGCUCCCCGCGGUGUUUGAGACCGGGACCAACGCGCUUUACAGAGAGGAGAGCGAGUGCGGCCAGCUGGGAGAUGUGCGCUGCUGGCUGAUGUUCAGCGGCGCUUCGCUCGCUGCUGCGCUGUUUUGGGAGAUCACUAUCCCGGACACCGACGAAGACCCAACCGGUAAAGAGAAGAAACAAAAGGCGAGAGUGCUUUUCAUGAGAGUCGUCCGCCUGUACAGACCCGACUAUCUCCUGAUGCUCGGAGGACUUGUGUUUCUGUCACUGGCUGUCAUCUGUGAGAUGUUCAUCCCUUUCUACACUGGGAGAGUCAUUGACAUCCUUGGAAGUAAUUACCAACAGAAUGACUUCCUGUCUGCUCUUCUCUUCAUGGGGCUUUACUCUCUGGGAAGUUCUGUCAGUGCUGGCUGCAGAGGGGGUCUCUUACUGUGUGUGAUCAACUCCUGCACAUGCAGAAUUAAAGUUAUGCUGUUUGAAGCUUUGACCAAACAGGAAAUUGGAUUCUUUGAGACCAUAAAGACAGGUGAAAUCACAUCCAGAUUGUUUAAAGACACAACCUUAGUGGGAAAAACAGUGGGUUUGAAUGUCAAUGUGCUGCUGAGGACAUUCCUUAAAACAAUGGGAAUGAUCUACCUAAUGAUGAACCUUUCAUGGAAGCUUACAUUUCUUGUCCUGAUGGAGACACCGAUCACCAGCCUCUUACAGAACAUCUAUGACACACAUUUCCAGAGAUUAUCCUUGGCUAUGCAGGGCUCACUGGCUUUGGCAAAUGAAGCUGCAAAUGAGGUAGUGUCUGGUAUCCGUGUGGUACGAAGCUUUAACACAGAAAAACAUGAAGCCCGCCAUUAUGACAGCCGCUUGAUGGACACACAUGAACUCAAGACUCAGCGGUCCACUGUCAGGGCUGUUUACCUGCUUGCACGGAGGUUAACUGGGUUGGCUAUGCAGGUCUUUGUGUUAUACUAUGGCCGGCUUUUCAUCCAGAGCGGACAGAUAACUAUGGGCAACCUGGUUUCCUUCAUCCUCUAUCAGUCAAAUCUUGGAACCAGUAUCAGGACACUCACCUAUGUCUUUGGUGACAUGCUGAACUCAGUGGGGGCUGCUGGGAAAGUGUUUGAGUAUUUGGACCGAAAGGCUCUGGUCAGCACAGAUGGAAAACUCAAACCUGAUCAGCUGAGAGGACAUAUCAGCUUCAGGAAUCUCAACUUUGCCUAUCCUGCAAACCCCAACAAAACAGUGCUACAGGACUUUUCCGUGGAGCUGAAGCCUGGUCAGAUAACAGCACUUGUGGGUCCAUCUGGAGAAGGAAAAAGUACCUGUGUGAGUCUGCUGGAGCGUUUCUACGAGCCUCAGGAUGGAGAAAUCCUGCUGGAUGGAGAACCACUAAAAUCCUAUGAUCACUGUUUCCUCCACAAGAAGAUCUCUGUGGUGAACCAGGAGCCUGUACUUUUCUCUGGCACCAUCAGACAAAACAUUGAAUACGGGCUUAAAGGAUGCUCUCUGGAUGAAAUCAAGGAAGCAGCAAUGAAAGUCAAUGCCCAUAACUUCAUCAUGCAGCUGGAGAAAGGCUACGAUACAGAGGUGGGUGAAGGUGGAGGUCAGUUAUCCAAGAGUGAGAGGCAGCGGAUCGCCAUCGCUCGAGCUCUCAUCAGACGGCCCCUGGUCCUCAUUCUGGAUGAAAUCACCAGCUCUCUGGAUGCUGAGAAUGAAAACAAGAUCCAACAGUCUCUCUCUAGCAUCCCCAACCAGACCCUUCUGGUGAUCGCUCACAGGCUGAAGACCAUCGAGAACGCAGAUCAGAUCGUUGUUGUAAGUGGCGGCAAAGUUAAAGAGCGAGGGACUCACAGGGAGCUGAUGGACAUGAAAGGAAGCUACUACAAACUGAGAGAGGAGCUCUUCACUGAAGGAAACUCUCCACAGUGAGAAACCUCUGAGUCUGUGCUGAAGCUCGAUGUCCUGAGAUCAUUGUGUGUAAAACUCUGCUGCAAACAGAUGUGUGAGAACAAGACGGAGCUUAUGUAAAUAUUGAAUAUAUGUUGUUUUGUAAAUAUUGGUAAUAAACCUUUAAUUAAAUUAUA